AUUAUUGAAGUUUUCAGGUUUUGAAAAAUGGAUAGUAGAAGCCAUGUGGAUGACGAUCACGACGACGACGAGAAGCUGCCACUUUUGCGGAACAAGGACGUGCCGGAGGCAGAACGAAAUCUGAUUCAGAAAGCAAUCAGCCUGACAUUUCAGAGCACGGCUCACUUAGCCAACCUUCUGCCCACAGGCUCGGUGCUGGCGUUCCAGCUUCUGUCGCCGAUCUUCUCGAACCUCGGAAACUGCGACGCCGUUAGCCGAUCCAUGACAGCUUUCCUCGUAUUUCUCUGCGGAGCGUCUUGUUUCCUCCUGAGCUUCACCGAUAGCUUCAGAGACAGCAAGGGUAAUGUGUGUUACGGGUUCGCCACCGUGAGGGGCUUGUGGGUGAUGGAUGGGUCCAUGAGGCUUCCGCCUCAGGUUGCGGCCAAUUAUCGCCUGCGUUUCAUAGAUUUCGUGCAUGCGUUCUUGUCGGUGUUUGUUUUUGGUGCGGUUGCCCUGUUUGAUCAGAAUGUGGUGAGUUGUUUUUUCCCGGCGCCGACGAACGAGACGCAGGAGGUGCUGACGGCGUUGCCGGUGGGGAUCGGCGUGAUAGGAAGCAUGCUCUUCGUUGUUUUCCCUACUCAGAGGCACGGGAUUGGCUUCCCUCUUUCAUCUACCUGAUGUUUAAUUAAUUUACUUAUUUUGUUGAAAUAUGUUAGUUCCUCUGUAAAUGAAAGGGGGUAAACAGAUCGAUGAAAACUUCAUUCAA